GAAGAAGAAGAAAAAAUAAUAUUGAUUGGCUAGAGGUGACCAAUAGAAAGCUGUGGUCGGCAGCAGUGUAAGCAGCGUUGCAGAAUGUUUGUAAAACUUCUAAUCUGGCUAUUUCUCGUUAUUAUUUUCUACCAUGACCCUGCUGACGCACAGAAGAAAAAAGAGACUCUGCUGUCAGAGAAGUUGACUCAGAUGAUGGAGUGGGCCUCCAAGCGUUCAGUUAUCAGGAUGAAUGGAGAUAAGUUUCGUCGCUUUGUCAAGGCUCCUCCCAGAAACUACUCGGUGGUCAUCAUGUUUACGGCACUGCAGCCACAGAGACAGUGUGGGGUCUGCAGACAAGCUGAUGAGGAGUUCCAGGUGCUGGCUAACUCUUGGCGUUAUUCCUCUGCCUUUACUAACAAAGUCUUCUUUGCAUCUGUCGAUUUUGAUGAAGGAUCAGAUGUCUUUCAGAUGCUUAGUAUGAAUUCUGCUCCGACAUUUCUCCACUUCCCAUCCAAAGGGAAACCUCGCAGGUCUGAUACCUAUGAGCUGCAGGUUAGAGGCUUUGCAGCUGAGCAGCUGGCUAGAUGGGUGGCAGAUAGAACUGAUGUACAGAUCCGUGUCAUUCGUCCUCCAAACUAUGCAGGGCCACUCCUGCUGGGCUUCCUCCUGGCUGUGAUUGGAGGACUGGCAUAUCUGCGAAGACACAAUUUGGAGUUUCUCUUUAACAAGAAUGUCUGGGCCUUCUCUGCACUGUGCUUUGUCCUGAUCAUGACUUCAGGCCAGAUGUGGAACCACAUUAGAGGACCACCUUAUGCGCACAAGAACCCCAGCACUGGACAAGUUAGUUACAUCCAUGGCAGCAGUCAGGCCCAGUUUGUGGCUGAGACACACAUCGUCCUACUCUUCAAUGCUGCUGUUACCAUGGGAAUGGUGCUGCUGUGUGAGGCCGCUACCUCUGACAUGGACAUUGGAAAGAGGAAAAUUAUGUGUGUAGCAGGUAUUGGUCUGGUGAUGCUGUUCUUUAGCUGGCUGCUGUCCAUUUUCAGAGCAAAGUACCAUGGAUAUCCAUACAGCUUCCUGAUGGGUUAGAGCUGACCCCUCCAACUUCACACCAAGUAUGAACAGGAAGUUCCCCAAAGUGCUGUCAACAAGCAGGGUGCUGUCCAUGACAAUGCCACAUUUCUGUUUGCUAAGCCAUGGCUUGUCUUCUAAUCUGUUGAGCCAAAAGUGUGUGUCAACACAUACACACACACACAGUGCCUUUAUAAAGACUUAUCAAGCAAACAGAGCCAUCACUAGUAUGCAUUCUAAACUGUCUUGUGCCAAAAUGUGUUUUCUAGAUUCAAAUUUGGGAAUAGUUUUUCAGUCUCCUAGUGGACACAAAUUUCAGUCUGUAUCUUUAUUUUUUAAACAGGCCAUUAAAUCUGUUGUGUUUGUUUGUUGCUGAACUUGAACCAGGAUAUGACAUUUUUGGAGAACAAAGUGCAAAGUUCAGGCAUCCAGAGUUUCUGGAAAUAAGUCUUUUUAGUAACAUCUUAUACGGGUCUUGUAAUAGCUUAAUAAUGUCCUAGGAAGUUUUCUGGAAAGACAAUUUGGUACUACAUGUAGGGAAAUGUUUUUCUGUAAUAGUAGACUACUCUUGUAUCCACUUAACAGAUUUAAACAGGUCCUCUAUACGUAGAAAAAAAUAGGCUUGGCCAGAGUUGAAAAGCAAUUGUUGAUUGCAGAUAUCCAUUUAUACCCAAUUUAAUAUGUAUUUAUUACUGGAAAAAUAAUUCUCCAUAUAUGUUGAAUUGUAUGCUUGCCUGUGCCUGUGACCCAUAUUUUACAUGUUUUCAUGUUCAGCUGAGCUGUGCUCUGAAUACAUGACAAGGUUAUACCAGAUAUUGAUAAUCAUAUAUACCAAUUGAACACUGUCCAUUUUCUAUUGUUUAAUGGGUCCAAAUUACAUUUUUCUUACGAGGACCCUUUCUAGGUAUUUACAGUUCAGUUUGUUUCUUGGCGGUGAUUGGCUAGUUACAUCACUGCAACGUGACACAGGUGCGGAAAACAAUAGGAUACGGUUCUAUUUUCCACUUGAAAGCAGAAGUUAAUUUCACUUAAAUAUUCUGAAUCAUGAAUUAAAUGUGUAUUGUGCGCAUGGUUGAAUUAACUGUGAAAUUAGUCCCGGGGCAAAAAUGAGCUGAUUAGUCCUCAUUAACACCCAUUGCUCUUGACUAAAUAUGCAGUGUGAACCAUGGUAAUUUCAUUAAAAACAUUAACAAACUGUG